CGGUGUUGAAGUAUGUUGCGGCGCGUCUCUUCCGCUCCUUCGAGUUGAAUUUCAUUUUAAACGCGUCCGUUUUCAAAUCUCUCGCAUAUACAUACAAACGAACACACACUCAUAAACUUUUGAAAAGCCUUUUAUUUUCAAAAAUAAAAAAUACCGUUAUUGUACCUAUAUUGCUGUGUGUCCAACGACAACAGCCGGAAACCGUUGCGGUCAAAAGGAAACAAGAAGCAACAAUAAAAAAGCUUAAUUCGAAACCAGCAGUUAUGGAAAUGUAAUUGCUACUAAAAAUGUCAUCAUCAUCAUUUUUGAAGACUCAUUGCAAGCAAAUACAAAUAUGAAGUGAGAAUUAAAAACAAUAAAGAAAUAAUGAUAAAAGUGAAGGAAUAUCUUAAAAAAAUUGAAAAUCGUAAAAUUUGUACUCGGUGCGUUAGAUUUUCAGUAUCAUAUAAGAAGUAAUAAUAUAAUUGAAUGAAUAAUCAAUUAUUCCAUGCAUAAACACAAAAACAUAAAAACAUAUUUAAAUAGAAAACACUCUCCAUCGUAUUGACUAAUUGAAUACAAAAAAAUCGAAAAUUCACUUCAUUGAUCACAAUCGGAUCGGUUUGAAACAAGAACAACAUGAAAACACAAAUCAAUCGACCGGCAGACACAUACACGCAAAAUAAAACAAAACACUAAAAAAUAUACAUGGGAUCAGACGCCGGCGGCGGAGCAGCGGAGACGACCCUAAAGGAGUAAAAGGAGCACCAGAUCCUACGAUAACGGAGACGACGACGAUAAAGUCAGUGACGAAGCCGAAGGCAAAUGUGUAAAUACACCAACAAAUCUUUAUUUAUAACGAGCAAUGUCAAUGCGAGUGCUCAAUACAAAAACCAAAAUUAAAAGAAAACGAGUUUAAUGUGACCAAGAGCACAAACAACCUGAAAAAUAAAAAACUAAAGUUAUUAAAAACAAAUUCAUAGCUUCUCGAAUAUCGAAAACGGAGCAGCAUCCUCGGUUGCAAAUUGAAGCAUUAUCAAAGAUAUCAGAAUUCAACAUUAUCAAAAUAUUUUAAUAUUCAACCAAUCUAGUCGUUUAAAACAACAAAAUUUACCUACAUAAUUUAACAAAGAGUUGACGCAACAUUUGUCUGCAACAUGUUGCUAGCCAAACGAAGAGCACCAUCUAGGAUGGUGGUUCACAACAGAGUUAUCGCCAUGCUGUUAGCCAUAUUGCUGAGUUUGGUGUGCAGCACACCCGCGGAAGCAGCGAUAGAUGAAACACUGAGCGAACACGAAGGCAAAUCGGUGGUGAUACCCUGUCCGGUCAACAAAGCCAAAUGCGGUGAUCUGCACUCGAUAAACUGGUUUAAGGGCGACGAUCGCAUUGGGGCGAUGCUAUUAGGCGACAGCAAUGUGACGAGCGUAUCAGACGAGUAUGCGAACAGAGUCACAGUGGAGCAAAAUCCAUUUAGAUUAGUAAUAAAGGACUUAAAAAUAUCUGAUGAGGAUAUCUAUCUUUGUGAUACAACAUUUCUUAUACCAAUCGAAACGUGUGAUAAUUUCAACGGCUAUCGUGUCGAGUUGAAUGUCUUAGUGCCACCAAAGGAGGUUGUGAUUCUGGAUGAGAAGGGCGAUCGCAUCGAGAAUGGCUCCGUCAUUGGACCCAUGCAGGAGCGACAAUCACUAAAAGUGUCGUGUGUCGUACAGAAUACACGACCGCAACCACAGGUCGGCUGGUGGCGGGGGAAUAAGCGACUACUGACGCAUUCCGCAUCCUAUGUUGAGACGGAUGGCCUGUUUACUGCUACUUUGGAAUUGAAUUUGGAGUUGUCACGUGACGAUCUGGCGAGAGAUAUUGAAUGUCGCGUCGAGUCUGCAGCUUUGCCAAACAAGCUAAUCAAUAAGCUUCGUGUCGAUUUACAAGUGCGUCCGACGAGCAUAUCCAUCAAUGGUGUGGAGCAUCAUACGGUGCAGGGCAGCAAAGUGGUGCUGACAUGUGAUAUUCAUGGCGCUCGACCAGCAGUGAAUUUGACGUGGUUCAAUUCCUCAACGGUCAUAAGUCCCGAAGAGAACGAUUUAACCGAAAUUAGAACGAAGGCGUUCGAGAAGGACGACGGCACGUAUCACACGCAGUCGGAGCUUAUCUUCAACGCGACACGCUUCGAGAAUGACAUGAUUUUCCGGUGCGAUGCGGACAACGUGGUGCUGCAGUUAAACCGCGAAAAACCAUUCACAUCUUCGCUGACGCUGGAAGUGCUGUAUCCGCCAGUGGUUAAGGUCAGCCCACCCGAGAUUACGGUAAACACCAGCGACACCGUGCUGCUCAACUGCGAAUAUGUCGCAAAUCCGGCGUCGCUGACGCAAGUCAUGUGGUAUCGGAACGGUGAUUCAGUCAAUGUCAACGACACAGAACGCUACGAGGGUGGCAACUCCGAGAACGUUGCACUAGUUAUACGUUCUACUGACAAGGAUGAUGUCGGCAACUACACCUGUCAACUAUCAAAUGCCAUCGGCAAGGGCAUCUCCGAGCAGCAAAUCGACCUGGAUGUACAGUUUGUGCCAAUUGUAGAAGUGCUGAUGAUACCCGAGGGUCCCGUUAAGGAGAGUGACGAAUCGAAUGUGACACUCUACUGCAACAUCUUAGAAGCUAAUCCGGCAUUGCUGACAAAAGUGCGUUGGUAUGCCAACUCGACGUUGCUCAAAGAGCUGCCCGAUUGUGAGGAGACAAAAGAGGACUUAUGCCAUAUCGAUCCAAGCAAAUUGCUGUUGGAGAGCAUUGGACGCGGCUUCUUCUACAAUUACUCUUGUGAGGGCUACAAUGCCGCCGGUUGGGGACCACGUAGCGAAGAUAAAGAGUUAAUGGUACAUUAUGAGCCCGGUCCAGCCACGCUCACACACUUUCCAUUGAUUGCUGUGAAGAAGAAGAGUGUGAUAUUUUCUUGCUCUGUCGACGACCCUGGAUAUCCAGAAUCGAAUAGAUUCCGUUGGCAGCGUGGUGGACUUGGACCCUUGCAGGAUGUCGUCACCAAAGAUUGGACUGUGGAGCCGGUGGGUUUGGACAGCCGCACCAACUACUCCUGCUACGCAUACAAUGAGGGCGGUAAGGGCGCCAUGGCUAGCGUUAAUCUAGAAGUGCAUGCACCUCCAUUCUUCAUCAAGAAUCUGGUGCCAUACACGGGCAUGUUGCACACAUCACGCACAGCAAAUCUAACAUGUCGUAUCGAAUGUGUGCCUCGCUGUGAAAUCACCUGGUUGAAGGGCACCGAUCCCAUUGAAAAGAACGAUACGCGGUACUUCAUCAAGGAGAAGUACGUGGACGCGUCACCGGCGACGGGUGACUUUGAGAGCAUGCUCUCAGUGCUGCACUUCAAUAUGUCAAAUUGGCCCAAUCAAAAGUUCGACAUCGAAUCGGAUAGCGCGAACUACACUUGCGUAUCUACAGGAAACACCGUUGGACCUGGCAUCAAAAGCGCUACUUACUUUUCUAUUGAAUAUGCGCCGGAGAACUCAACCGUUUCGGAGGAAAAGGUUUACGUGCAGGAGGGCACUAUACCCGGACGUGUAAUUUGCAAUGCCAAAGCUAACCCGAGCGCUCACUACAGUUGGUACUUCAACAAUACGAAACUGGGGCAGGAUCAGGCUUUAAUCAUCAACACGCCAAUGACACGCAAUGACUCCGGCGUCUACACAUGUGUUGCCUCGAAUAAGCACGGCAAGAGCACAGUCGAAACAAUCAUCGAUGUACAAUUUAAACCACGUUGCGAUAUUGAAAGGCAGGAGAUCGAUGACCAGGAUACACUAAUUUGCACAGCAUUCGGAAAUCCUGUAGAGGCUGAUUUUUCAUGGUCAAUUAAAGCGGAAAAUGACAGCGCCGAAUGGCUGGGCAGCGGCGAGCGGCAGGGCUUUACGGACAAGAGUUUUUAUGUGCUGGACGAUGACUAUGUGAUCGCUCGCACUUACCGUUGCGUUGCCAAUAACACAGUCGGCCCCGGGUCAUUCUGCGAAAUCGAAGUGGCCGAACAACUAGCAUGGUGGCAACGCUGGGAUAAAACCACACUCAUCAUAUUGGUGGCCUCGAUAUUGGCGCUACUUUUGGCCGUGAUUAUAAUCUGUUGUAUCAUCAUUUGCAUAUGCCGCCGACGCAGACGUCAAGAUAAAUACCGCACCGAUGUCUCAAUCAGCGCCACGCACAGUGUACUGUCGUAUCAAUCGAACGCACCGCAAGCGGGCGUGGCCGCGCCGGCGCUUGCGGCCGUCUGUUCGCAACAGGUGACAACAGGUUGUCUAAUACCUAAUUUAGCCGCACAAGAAUUACCGCAACUACCCGGACCGAAGCUGCCACCCAAACCCCCCACCAAACCCACAUCCGUACCUACACACACACCCAAAAUUGUCACGGCACCCAGUCGUACACCCAGUCUGCGUGUACGACAUGCCGCACAAGCACCCAAAUCACCGCCGCGCUGGCCGUUGCGUCCCGGCGUCAUGGUGCAUGUGAGCAGUGACACCAAACAAAAUCUAGCAACUAAUCGUAUGACACUGCGCCCGCACACACUUACAGCACAACUGUCGAAUUUGACAGCGGUGACACCGGUGACAGCGGCUGAGAGCAGCACUAUUUCAAGCGACACACUCAAUGCAUCUGGCUUCUCAGCGGCCACCGCACUUACAACACUAUUAAACGCAUCCACACAGACGGCGAAUACCGUCACCACCAAUGACGCUCUUAUAGAUGUGGUUAGCAAUGACGACGAUUCUGCUGGUGGACAUGACAAUGCCAAGCAAACGUCAACGCUUGGUCGUUUUAGCGCAAAACGCCCGGCUGUCGUUGGUAGCGAGGACCCCAGUGCUAGUGCUUUCACACAAACAUUGCCACAUAAAUUUAACAAAUUAACGCAACUGCCGACGAUGGCUUACACCAUCCAUGAAGUUCAACUGAAUAAUAAAAUUUCCCCAGCGCACAUGGCGCAACCACAAGCAGAGAGCGGAUGCAUACCAUACGUUAGCGCGCUUGCGGGGGACACACCAACUACUGCAAAUGCGACUGAAAAGGAAACUACAGCGCAGUUGGAAGUUGACAGCGCGGAGCGGAGUGGCGAAGGCGCGAAGGUCUGCGGCAGCAUACAGAAACGUGUUGGAGCGCGGCGCUUAGGACGCGUGGAAAAGUUUUUGACAGGUAUCUUCAAGCGACGCGGCGCUGGCGUCGAUACGACGCGCGACAGCCAGCGCAGCCAUGUCGGCUUGCUUGGCGGCAUGUGGCAGGCGGGUGCGGGCGUGCUGUGGCAACGCCGCCCGGACGGCGCAGAAACCGCGGAAAAGACGCCAUUCGCCGCGGAGCAUCGUCUUAAGGGCAUUCGUUGCAGUGGCAGUGUCACGUACAAAAAGUCGCCAAUACGCAGUUCGCCAGGUGAAAAUGCGGUCGCCACAUGUAGCCGUAGCGGUAAUUGUAACAUCAACAACAAUAAUAAUAGUAUCAGCAAUCACACUUGCAUGACGCUUAGCACAGUUGCGACUGCAAACGCUAGUGCCGCUGAGCUUAAUGUAGACACCAGCGAACCAACUGCUUCUAAUAUAACUACAACAGUCACACCAACAGCCAUAGUCGCAGCGCCAGUACUGCCACCACAAUCGCCUCCAGCUAUGCGGCCGCUUAUGCAGCCUCCAGCCAACAGUCCCCGAUCACCUGCCUCUGUGACAUUUCAAGUGCCUUCAUACGACAAGACGGCAGUGAACACCCCCAGCAUGGUGACGGCCACCAGCGGCGCGAAUGGGAUCGCCAGCGGAAAGAACAUCAACAGCAGCAAUACUACAACGCCAACACGUGGACCACCGCCACAGCUACACCGUUCCAUAUUGAAGAGUCCUACGCCGCCGCCACGGCCACCACCGCCUUUCAAAGCGGCGCCUCCGCCCUUGCAGAAACGCAAUGUGGCAACAGUGACGCCGACGAAGGUAGAGCGUGUACAAAUACAAGACAAGUCAUCUUCACUGGGGGAUCCAUUGACGGAACCUGGCGAGUAUGAGAAUCUACCGUUUCAUGGUCUGCAAACGGCUCCUAACAAGUUAUCUACGACUCUUACAAAUUUUAAUAACAACACCAAUGUGGUGCGCGUCGCUCCACGACCCAAGAGACUCAAUGGAAAUAUUGGCCCGCAACAGCACCAGCUGCAGCAGCAGUACGAGCAGGACCAGUACGACCAACAGUUUCAAUAUCAUCAACACCAACAGCAUCAUCAACAACAACAACAGCAUCAAUACAAUACCAUGCAAUAUGUCGGUGCCGGUGGACGAGUGAUAACAACGAAUCCCCAGCACCAGCAAUCGCACACAAUGAAUUCCCACAACAAAGGCAUGCUGCCGCAUCACCAACAACAUCAACAACAGCAGCAGCAGCUGCUGAUAUCAGGAGCGGAUGGGGCCAGCGGCAACGUCGGCGGCGGCACGGUUGGCGCAGGCAGUACAGAUCCUGGUGGCAGCGCUUAUAUGAACGGCAGUGUCGGCGGCGGCGGUGCACCCCAUCAAAUUACAUACAAUCUGAAUAAUUGCUUUCCGAAAAGCUACACAGAAUAUUAUCACCAGCAGCAACAGCAGAAGCACAAAAAUAGCGCCUCGAAUAACACUUCCAGUGCGCAAUUGUUGAGCGCCAUCGAUCAUGACUACCCCACCUAUGCGGUGGUUGAACGUAAUACCGCUGCUGCUAGCGCUACCGAUAUGGGUGGAAUUGAUGGUCAUAGUCCGCGCGCUGGUCCAGCCCCUAUCCCAGCAGCGGUCAGCACCAACCCAUUCUUGGCCAUCAGCAAUUUUAAAAAAUAUGACACUAGCGGUAGCACGACGGAUAAUGCGUAUCAGCCGCAUAUACUGGACAUAACUGGCAGUAGUUCGAUGCAGCGCAGUGGCAAGCGGAAACCCAUGCUGGAUGGCAAAAUGGAGGAUAAGAAAUUCUACUCGCUAAAAUUCACCGGCAGUGGCGGUAAGCAUAAACCACCGCAUGUGGUACACAAGUCACCGGCGAGUGGUUUGUUGAAUGCGUCUGUAAUUUUGCACGGUGGCAGCAGCAGCAAUGGUGGCAAGUGUAAGCGACAUCAUUCUUUUGCUGGUGGUAGCAUUGGCGAUAUUGACUCCGCCGGCCCGGGCGCCCAACACAACGCCCACCAGGUGAAAUCUUCGGCUUUGAUGCGCUUCUACGAUCCGCCCGCUUAUGAGAACUUGGCUGGCGACAGUACGGCCGCAGUGCAGGUGCACGAGUGCGCCGUAGAGGCGCAUCCAUCGCCCGACGCUGGCGGUAUGAGUGGCACGGCCACCAUAUUGCUACAUCCGCAGCCUAGGGCUAGCGGCAGCGGCGGAAGCAGUAGUCAUGCAACGGCUGGACAAACGGGCCACAAGAAAAAACAUCACCAUCGCCAACACCAGCAGAAGGAUGAUUUCAAUUUAAUCGAACCGGAACGGCUGAGCAUCUAUCGCAGCGACUCGGGCAUUUCGAAUAGUUCUUAUGAGUGUGUUACGCCGGUGCCACCACCGCCGGGCAACACGCGCACCGCAGCUGCACUGAAUGGCACGCCGCCACCAAAAACCCCGAAAGGCAACAAAUUAGCGAAACACGCGUCCUCUGCUAGUAGCGGUCCCAGCGCUAUCAGUCUCGUCAAUGGAGUUAAUUAUAAGAAGUCUCUACGUCAACUUGGCGGCAGUAGGUGCAACAUUGCGAAUGCUACAGCCAGUGGUACCUCGCUGCCCGUUUAUAUGAAUGUGGAUGGUCAGCCUUCAAGCGCGUUCGAACGCUCAUGUUCGCCCAGUUCCAACCUAAUAAAUACCUCGUAUGAGUCGGCUUCCUCUUCACAAAAUGACGGUCAUGGUGGGCAGGGCUCAACAGAUCCGGCAUCCUUGUCCUCAUGCAAUUCAUUGUACAGUAGCGGUACUGGUACUCUAAUAGGUGUGGCUCCACUCAUGAAGGCGGGUGUGGGGCUAACAGCGCCCCGUUGUGGUCUGCAUCAAAAAACCGAAAUUACAACGCCGGAGGAGUACGAACAAUAUCAGCUGGGUCACCACCGUCACUCUGCUUCCUCGCUUAGUGUGGCAAGUACGGUGAGUGCCAGUGGAACGCGUCGUUGUAAAAAACAACCGGGCGUGUUAGCGCCAUCGGGCUCCGUUACAGGAAUUGAGCAUUAUGCUAUUGGCGUCACUAAUCCAUUUCUAGCAAGCGAACGCGGUGCAACAGCGACCGGCUGCGUUGCCAACGCCGCCGCCUCCGCCGACAGGUACAAUGCCCACGGCAGAGAUAAGAAACUACGACGAAAGACUAUCAGCGACCCCUACGCACAUAUCCGCUAUAUCACCUACAGCAGGCGCGCCGCCAACAACACCUGCAACAACGGCGUUACCGAUUGCCAAGCACACGCCCACAAUUAUCGUGCCAAAUGUGCGAGCAAUGCGCCCGAGGCAACAACAGCAGCAGCACAUCAUCAGCAACAGCAAGUUAAAUUACAACAACAACAUGAGAACAACAAUAGCCGCAAACAUCAACAGCAUCAACAAUCGUUGCUAAUCCCGCGAAAAUUGCACAACAACAACAAAGAGCACGGCGACAACGACGAUGAGGAUGUUGAGGAGCACAACAACAAGGAUGUUGCAAUGUUCCAACAGCAACGACGCAGAUUAGUACCUUUGGGUGGUAAUGCUGAUGAGAGAAAUACUGUUGUUGUUGCUAAGGAGACUGUCACCACAGAAGACCGCACCGUUGCUGGCGAGGCCGAUGUCAGCGUGAAAGCAAUGCUGCCACAUGUCGAAGAUGUUCAAAGUGCAAAACCAACAACAGCCAAAUAUGCCGCACACGGCGAUAAUCUAGGACGUCGACCAGUUAAGUUGCCGCUACGCAAAUAUCAUACUUUCCACUUCCAGCCCUCGCAAACGGUGGCCGGCACACUGCGUCACUGCCAAUUGCAGCAAUUACGUAUUCAAAUGCAACACAGACAACAACUACAAUACUAUGCACCAUCCGCGACUCAUGCCGACAAUGCUGACCUUAUGGCUUUCCGCCAAUCACCAACCGCCAUACCUGGCGUUGCAGCACGUUCAACCAGACGAUAUGCAACCGAAGGUGGACCGCUAGUCUUUCGCCCGCUCUCCUGGCACGAGCAGCGCACCUUCAAGCCAAUAUCAUCGCCAGUUGAUGUUGUCGAAGCGGCAGUCGACCUCCCCACUACAACAGAAACAGAGUUAAGUGAGAAAAGAAGCACAGAGGAGGAAGAAGAAAAGUCUGAAUUGAGCGAGGAACUUUCAGACGAAAUCAAACAAAUCACUAGAAGUGCACAAUUACCACAUGUAAGCCUUAAUCCUGCCGCUUCGCUGGAGGCGCUCGAAGCGCUCACCAAACACCAUCCCGAGUUAAUUUAUGCCACCAAACCGGGUACACGCCAAAAUCUGCACAAGCAACUUGCACUACCGGAACAGUGGACACACCAUUUGGACGUUGAAAAUCGCCCAAACGUCAGCCAAACUCUAUCACAGGCCUCCACAGCACCGCGAAGUGACAGUGACGCUCGACUGGAAGAAGUCGCGGCAAAUACUACGCUCGAAGCUCAGUGCGACGAUGAGGAAGAUCUCGGCUAUUCCUUCUGCGAAGACGACGAUGAAGAUGAAGGCGUUGAGGAGCUGGUGGGCGAGCCUGUUAAAAGCGGAGAAAAUGAACCCGCUGAAGAGCAACGCACAAUCACACAUACGUCGGAGUCGCCACGCGUAGUUCUCUCUGCGGGGCGCAAUGGUGGCCACGUGAAAUACAUGCUGCGACAAAGUUACCGCGAACCCCUGAGUGCUGCGGAGUUCGACGAUGAACUAAUCUAUGCUGAUUUAGAGAGUCAACAUUAUGGACCAAUCAACUACAAGGCCGCCUCGCUUUAUGCGCUAGUGAAAAAGGAUAAGAAAAACGGUGCUUUGAAUGAGGUGAAAAACUGAAGGAGUUGAGAAGUAAAAGUUGCACUCAAAAGUAAUAGCAAAAGUGAAUUAAUUUCUUGUUGUAAUGGGUGAAUGUAUAGUAUACAAAGCGGGCACUCAGUACAUAUACAUAUUCACCACUGUACGGGAUCCGUUGAAACCCUCCCUUUUUGGUUUCCGCUCAAACAGUGCAUUUUAAAUUAUCUUUUCGUAGCAAUGAGUUGCUAAAUUAAAAAUAAUUUUUGACAGGUAAAAAGUAAUAAUUUCUUUGUUAGCUUUAAUUUUGUAAAGUAUGUGUAUGUCGCAAAUUCUUUGCUAGAAUUAACCUUAGUAAUUGUUGGAAAUCUAUAAAUAAAUAUCUGGACAAAAAAUUAUAUAAAACUAGUGUAUUUAUUAAUGAAUAAACAAUGAGUAAACGAAUUUCAUACUUUUUAAAGCAACUAAAACUAAUGUAAGACUAAAACGAUUAAAAUCAUAUAUAAUAUAUAUACCAAAAAAAAUUUAUAAUGUUGUUGUUUUUAUUGUAAAUUAAACUAGUUAAGUAACCUAAAAAAUUAAAGAAAACUGUAAAACAAAACUUAAAUGAACAUAAGUAAAUGUUAAUUUCGCCAGCCACUAUAACAUGUGUAUAUGUUUGGACGCAACAUCAUAAGUUCAUUUCGCCACGGAGAAAUUUUUGUAAAAAUACCUUUCACAUACUUAACCUAAAAUUAGAUACAUACAUAGUAUAUGCCAAAUUCAACGACUCAAAAUAUCAAUACCACUACAUACAGAAACCGUAAUUUACAUCACUUCUAGAACAGUGUUCUUUAUUCUCCCGCGACUCUAACCGACUAAUUCAAACGGGAAUUGUAUAUAGACACAAUUUCACAUAUACAUACACAAUAUAGCAAAAGAUCACAAACAAAAUACAAAAGGAAUAAAGAAAAUUUGUACGCAAACUCACUACUCCAUAGGCAUUAAGGAUCACCACCACGAAAUUGGAUUGUGGAAUUGAGAGAGCGGUCUUAAACGCUGCGCUCAAUUUUGAAAUGUGCAUGAUUUGAAACGAAUAUAAAAUUAGGCAACUAAGUCACAAGGUCUUAAAAUCUUAAUCUAUAUGUAAAUUUAUGCUCGCAUUAAUAAUAAAUAUACGAUUAGCAUGAAGCGAAAGAAAUUUUUCUACUCAAGAGCAAAUUACGAACAAAUAUUAAUAAACAUACAUACAUAUUUACAUAUAUGAAAUGUAGCUACUAAAUAUUAUAGGCAAAUUAAAGAACAACAACUACCACAGCACUCAUAGUUUUGUACAUACACAAA